CUGCUGUGGCUCUUCUAGACACUAGGACAAAAGAGUUAAAGAUGAAAACUCUACCGCUGCUGAUCGUCUUCAGCAUCUUCAUCCUCACCAAGCAGUUUGAGGUGAAGACACGUGAUGUGGAGAACUUUGGUUUAGAUGUUGGUGGAGGUCUUCCUAUCAGAGGCAUGACUGACCUCAGCUCUUAUGGACAGUUUUUGAUCUCCAGAGAAAUCAGCAGGUUGGACCAGAAACCCAGGAGUUCACAGGAUGACUGUGGAAACUUCUCAGCUUGGGUCAUCAGAAACAAACAGAGUUCUCUCUCCUUUUGGAGACACAUCGAUGACGACCCAUCAGAGGAGGGGUUGCAAACCUCUGCAGAAACAAGACAAACUUGCAGGCAAAACUUAACAUCAGACAACGAUAAACUCAACAAUAGAGAGUUUAAAAGUAAUGACUCACCUUUUAACUCCAGAAGCCCACAGAGACCAGAUGAUCCCGUCCAGCUGCAGAUCCUCAUGUUAGAAGAUGAUGAGGUGGUGAGAACAUCUGCAGCUUCUCUUUAUGCCAAACAUCCUGCAGUGAGUUCAGUUCAUGUUGUCGACCCCCAGCAAAGAGUCCACCAGGUCAAAGGUCAACCAGUGGUUCUGUCAGAACACAGCAGCCUGGUUCUGGUCGGCCAUGGAGCCAGAGACCGUUCAGGAGAGAUGAGAAUAUCAGGGUACACCUCCAAAGAUGUGGCCAGGAUCAUCCAGAACAGCUCCAGGAUCAGCCAGAAGAUCCAAACUACUACAGUUGUGGCCUGUGAGGCUGGAUCGGACCAACGGUUCAGAGAAGCUCUGCUGAAGGAGCUCCAUGAAGCCGGCAUUGAGACGGAGCUCCACCUGUGGACCGCUGUGGUCCAGGUCACAGAGAGCGGAGAGGUCAUCAGUCAGGACGUCUCUGCAGAUGGAGCACAGUGGAGAUCUGGAGAUGAUACCAAGAAGGUGGUUCUGACUGUUGGCAGCAACGGAGAGAUAAGGAGGAGGAAGGAGACGGACCACAGAGGACGGGAAGUCCUCACCAAUCAAACAAGAUUGUUAGGUGAUCCAAAGACAGACCAGAACCAUCCUGAGGGAAAAAGCUGGCCAGAACGUCCAACAUUGUUUAUUGACCCAGAAAUUUAUAAAAUGAUUGACCAAAACAAAAUUGCAGAAAUAACUGAAGACAUUAAGAUGCUGGAAGCUUUUACUUGGGGGCUGUUUCACCCGGAACCAGGGGCAACAGCAGGGGCAACAGCAGCGGCAGAACCAGGGGCAGACAUUCCACAGUGUCCUAAUGAAAAGGAUAACUAUUUUAUAGGAGAUCUAAUUGCAGAAGAACACAAAAAAAAUACGAAAGAGCAAAAUAUCGACAAAGUUCUUAAGAGCUGUUUUAAGAUCAGUUCUGGAAAAGACAUCAAGAAUGUCAUUCGUCAUUACGGAAAGGAUGAAAAGUAUGGAAAGAAUGGAAAGGAUGAAAAGGAUGGAAAGAAGGGAAAGGAUAAAAAGGAUGGAAAGAAGGGAAAGGAUGAAAAGGAUGGAAAGAAUGGAAAGGAUGGAAAGGAUAAAUCAACAUUCCUGAUGGUUGAUAACUGGAUAUUUGAAGUUGGAUCUGUCGAUCUGUACGUGAGACCGGUUGGAAAUUAUCAUGGGAUCAUAGAAGACGAAGACAGACAGGAGAAGAGAGAGAUGCGUGAUGCUGGAGGAGGCCGGGCCAAACCCAACCUGCCUUUAAUUGCUGGUUUGUUGAUAAAGAGCUGA